AUGUCGCUACUUCCUUUCGCAACACGGUGGGCUCUACGCCCAUCAGCUCGCUCAAUUGCCAGAACCUUCACACCCUCUGGCCCGAUUGCCUACCUCCACCAACAGGGCCCAUCUCGAUCAGCCGUGGUCCACGAACAAGCACUUCCUCAAAGCCAAGCGCAAGGUUCACACACAGACACCCAAUUCCUAUCACAAACCAAGCCCACAGCAAAGGAGUCGCAAUCCGCACAGUCACAACAUGCCGAGUCCUCAGGCCUCGACGCCCUCAUUACCCAGAUGCCCCUCGUCCAAAACCUCCGCCAAUCCCACAAGAACUACAAAGAAUCACGCCCCCACCUCGCCAUCCCGCCCGCCAUCCGGCAGCACCAUUUCGUCGGUGGGAGUCUAGCGGGCGCGGGCAAACUAGCCUUGGCUCCGUACAUGUGGACCUCGUCACAGAAAGCCAGCGCGGAAUCGAAGAGCAAGACGAAGACUAGCAGCGUUGUCUCUGUGUUCCAUAUUGGAAGGGACCUGUGCGGACAUCCUGGUUUUGUACAUGGUGGUUUGCUCUCGGUGCUGUUUGAUGAGGUCUUUGCUAGAUGUGUUUCUGCUGCUUUCCCCAGUGGGCUUGGGAUGACGGCGAACUUGAAUGUGGAUUUCAGGAAGCCUGCGCUGCCGGAUCGGAUGUAUGUGUUGCGGGCUAAGACAACUAAAGUUGAGGGACGGAAGGCGUGGGUUGAAGGGCGGAUGAUUUGUCUUCCAUUGGAUUUACCUGCAGCUCGCGGUAUCCCGGCUAUGGUUUCAGAUACGAGUCUGUUAAUGGAAGAUAGUGAGGGGGCAGUUAUGGUUGCUGAGGCGAAGGCUUUGUUCGUGGAGCCUAAGUUUGCUGAUUCCAUGGUGUCUGUCUACCGUACUUGA